GCCGCCGCCGCGCCUCUUGGCUCUGCCCCCCGCCGGGCCCGCCGCCGCCGCCGCCGCCGCCUCUGCCUCCGCCGCCGCCGCCGCCGCGGAGCCCCCUCCCCUCCGCCGGAGCGCGCAGCGCGGCCGCCGCCGCAAGCCCCGCCGAGGCAUCCCGCACCGACCGGGCCCGCCGGGCUGGGGGCGCCGCCGCGCCAGCUGCGGCUUCGGAGGCAACCGAGAGGGAGGCUGGGCCCCAGGACGCACGGUGGCGACAAGUCGCGUUUGGCCCCAGAUCUCUCCCUGGUGCCACAGCUGCUGAGUGUGCAUCAAAUCUGAAGAAAAUUUACACAGUACAGACAGUACAGAUAUUCUGGAGUGUGUACAAUAAUAUCCCUCCUGUGACUAGCCUGCCUUUGAGAUGUAGUUAUCAUUUAAUGAGAGGAGAGAGGCGACCGCUUUGGGAAGAGGAGAGUAAUGCAAAGGGUGGUGUAUGGAAGAUGAAAGUUCCCAAGGACAGCACGUCCACAGUUUGGAAAGAGUUGUUGUUAGCAACUAUCGGGGAACAGUUCACAGACUGUGCCGCAGCAGAUGACGAGGUAAUAGGAGUUAGUGUCAGUGUUCGGGACCGAGAAGAUGUCGUCCAAGUCUGGAAUGUAAAUGCCUCUUUAGUCGGUGAAGCGACUGUUUUAGAAAAGAUCUAUGAACUUCUACCCCACAUAACUUUUAAAGCAGUAUUUUAUAAACCCCAUGAAGAGCAUCAUGCUUUUGAAGGUGGACGUGGAAAACACUAAUUGCACUCUGUAAAGAAUUCUUUGUCCUUUGCUGAUUGGUUUUGGAAACGGUCUUAACAGGAGGGAGAGUGAAGAGAAGACACGCCGAAGCCGGUGCUGGUCACUUUAGAGUGGUUUCUGUCCUUGCAGAUGGGCAAUUAGGACUCAAAGUGUCAGGUGGGGUGGGGGGAGAUGGUGUGGGUUUCUACCGUCACAUUAUUUGCUUUAAAAAAAAAACCUUUUUUUUUAUUUUGGGCUUUCUAAGUUUUCUAUUCUUUUCACUCUAAUUUUUUUUUUUUUUUUGCCCUUUAAAAUUCCUUAUUCAGUCUAAUUAUUGUUUUCUACACUCCCCUUUCAUUGAGGCCCAAGAAAUUGGUUUCCCUUUAAAUGGCUGUGCUGUACCUAGUUAAUGAGAAUGUGAAUAAUCAUGACAAUACUGCUUUUGAAAACCACACUGUAAAGGAGGAAUACUAGCUUGGUGAAACCUGUCUUCUGAUGGUUUGUUGUGACACAUUUGUACCUACCAUGACCUGGGCAUUGUUUUUUUUUCUGUCCCAAGGAAAAGGAAAACUAUACUUAAUCUGAUUUUGCACUGACAGCACACACAUCUUUUAUUUUUCUUUUUUAAAUUUUUUUUUUGUUGUUGUUAGUGAUACAGGGACAAUAACAGUGGGGUUGCCUAACAUGAAAACUGUAAUCACAGUUCCAUAUCAGGAUAUAAAUAAAUCAAACUCUAGGUCUUUGGACCCUCUGUGGAAGUAUUUCUAACCAGAAUUUCAAUUUGGCCUUUUCCAUGAAAGGCUUAGCGUGGUAGCAAGGGAUUCCUCCCUAUAGAAAACCUGAGAUCUCUGAUUGAAAGAGGAGGUGGUAUUUUAAUUGUUCGAAUUAAGCUUCAUCAGAAGUUUUGAGUGUGUUUACCCACUUAGGACUUUCCAAAUCAAUUCUAACACGUUUUGUUAAAUGAUCCUCCUUUUCCUGCUCACAUGGUGUGUCAUCGUGAUAAUCAAUAGUCCUCCAACCUGGGCAGCUCUCUCUGCCUCUGUUCGUUUAGGAGCAGGAGGUCACAUCUCAUUUCCAGGAUGGAUAAGAACAUUCACAAAGUCGAAUGUCGAGUGUAUUCUGUACAUAUUAAUUAUUGGAAUUAUUGAUAUAUAUUGUAUUAUACUGCCAAAGAAAUCGCGAUUUUAGCAAAAGGACAGGCCACCCUCUGGAACACUGAGACCGCACAGAAUGUCUGACUUCCUUCUCUCAACUCUGUCGAGCCUCUGGCUGCUUUUGUCUGAUAAAGGGCAGGGCCUUUGGAAGAGGCCUCCUCGGGCUGGCCUGUUUUGGAGCUAGUACAUGCUCAUGCAUUUUUUAAAAGGGCGGUGCACUCAGAACUUUCAUUGCACCCAGGAUUUCUAAUUCCUUGCAGUGUUGAACUGGGAGAAGAUGGUUGGGGCUACUUUCAGCUUCCAACGUGUGUUUGUAAAUAAAAUUCUCCAUUGAAACCUUUUAACAAACUUACCACGAUAUCUUUUUAUAAAAACUCACACCCUUCAUUUGCAUUGCUAACCACAUCAAUCAUAAUAAUCAUCAUCAUAGUUUAAAACGUUUUUUUCUAAACUUGACUUUCUUCAGUGAUUUCAAAAUAAAGUAUAAGGAUAUGAGACCCUUUUAGCAAAAGCCUGGGACUUGUUUCUCUAAAUGUUAUAGUAAGUAACAUUCAACUUAUUUUAAAAUAUUCCUGAAGGAUUUUUUUAAUUAUGAAUGUGAAUUAAAAUUCUUUUUUAUAAUAUAAGUAUUUUCUGAUAGAUUAGGAAAAAGGGUAUAAUCGAAUUUACUAUAAUUGUUUUAUGUAUAUUUCCAUAAGUAAAUGGAUUUGAGGUAUUUUUAUUUUUUGAAUUUUAUUUAAACCAUUUGUGAUGAUGUGUUCAACUUUUGCGUGUGUGUAGCCUUUGAAGUUAAAAUAAAAUAAAUAGGAAUAUUAGGCUCACAUUCAUGGUUUCUAGUUUCUAUUGUUAAUAGAAAUUGUCUAACCACACAAAGUAGAUUUUUUGUUUUUUGCAGUUUUUGGCCAGGACUGGGUUUGAACCCACCACCUCCGGCAUAUGGGGCCAGCGCCCUACUCCUUUGAGCCACAGGCACCACCCCACACAAAAGUAGAAUUUUUGUCCCAGUGAAUUUCUGCAACUAUUUCUGACCCUUUGGAAAAUACCAACUGUGAGAAGGAUUUAAUUUGCCUAAUGUUAAAGACCUAUCAUCAAAAUUGCUUUAAGAGAGGAUUUUGUCAGAUUUUUGCUUUGGAAAUUGUUUUAAUUGAAUAUUUAGUCAUGAUAGACUUUGUAUGAACUAAGCUGAUUUAAUCAGUUUAAAAACCUCUCAUUACCUUCUUACAUUACAGAAGCUAAUACUCUUUUGAGAUAGAAGGAAAUAUUUUGCAAGACAUGUGACUUUUGUGUUAGGGCAUUUUACCCAUCUUGACCUCUACUGGGGAAAGUGCAAGCUUCCAGCAGAAUCCUGCUUCUUUUCAGCUAAGUCCUUGCAGCUGCAGCCUUGCACUCUCCACAAAAAGCCACACUGAAACCAAAGGGCCCACUUUCUUGCCUUUGUAGUUCCUCAGGGUCUGUGAUACAGAGCCAGGAAAUCUGAUUGAAACUAAUAUACUUUUUCUUCUCCCAUUAUUGCUGAGAUUAUCAUAUCACAGGCACUUGCUCACAUUGGGAAAUUUACACCCAUUAAAUAAGGAUAAUACCCACUUAAAGCAACGUGUCUAUAUUUCAGUUGUCCUCUGUAAGCCCUUUCUGAAGUGCCAACUUACUCAAAAGAUUUCCUCUCCCCCCCCAACUUUUCCAUAUUUCUAACACAAAAGUAUCAUUUACAGCAAAUACGCAUAUUUAAUAUAAUGUUGCUUGUGGAUACAUGGUACACUGGAUGCAGAAAAAACAUGAAAAGGAAAACACGAUUUUGGUAACCUUUGAAGAUGGAGUUGACUCUAACCGUCACAUCCCUCUUCUUGAAUUUAAGUCUUGUUUACACCAUAUACAGUCACAAGACGUUAUAGCUGAUAGAAACUUUAGAUAUAUUUGGAUCUAGUAAACAUGACAUACAAUUCACCGACUGAGCCUUGAUCAAACUCCCAUUUUGGCCACUAAUACGACUAUAUAAUCAGACAUCCUUUUUUAAAGAGUUGUUCUUUCUCUCCCUCUCACUCUGAGUGACUGAAAUGGCAUUAGGUUUUGGAGUUUAAAAAUGACCUUACUGUAUGACAGGUGGUGGCUCUUUGCUGUUGAGUGCUUAACUCCUAGAGCAGCAGUUCUCAACCUGUGGGUCGCGACCCACAGGAACUGUAUUAAAGGGUCAUGGCAUUAGGAAGGUUGAGAACCACUGUCCUAGAGGAUCCCAACUUUUGUACUGAUACAGAAUUGGGAGCCUUUGGAAUGAUCGCAUGGUGGCGCUGCCUUCCAGCCUACAGCUCUGGCUCAGCUACAGAAUUUACCCAGCUAUGUUUAUGGAAUUAUUUUCAGAGCCUACUGCUCCUUAAGCUUUCAUCACAGUCUGACUAGACAAUGUAAAAAUGAUACUUAGUGAUUUGACAUUUAGUUUCAUGUACCUAAUAAAAAUGUGUCAAAGAUAGAAUUUUCCAGAUGUGCUUAAAAAAAAAAAGACAUCUUAGGGCUAUAAACAUUUAUAAAGAGGAAGAAUAAAAUAACUAACACACAGGAAAAAUGGGAAAUAUUUCAUCAAAUAUUGCACUCAGAGAAAAAAUUAGGAUUUGAUUUUUUUUCUGAAUAUGAAACUCUCCUAUGAAAAUGUUAAGUCUCCCAUUCCCUUUUUUUAUAUUGUAUGUUUCUGUAAGAUUUCACCAAUUACAAAUGAAAGUAGAGGACUGCCUGUAUAUCAUUUAGUUUUUAAAAGAUAUGUAGAGAUCAAUUAAAAUUACUUAAGAGUUUGAAAGCGUGGAUAAUUGUUUCAACAGCUGGGAGGAGUCAGAGGGUGAAGAGGAAAAAGAUAGGGACUGAGGCGCCAUGACAAGUCCAUUUGAACCUGCGCUCCUGUACAGCCGUUAGAUUCCCCUCUACUUCUCUCAAGAAGGAACAAAUCUAAAAGAGAUUCCUACACAUCUGACUCUACUGUUCUGGUUUUGUUUUCUAUCAUUAUUACAUAUGCAUCAAAAGAUAUUAAUAGUUAAUUAUUAAUUAAUAGUUAUUAAACAAUUAGGUUAACCCAUUGAGGCCGAACAUCACCACCUUGUGUUCUAGAAACAUGACUCAAGUUUGGAAAGAAAACUCAGAGACUAUUAGAAUUUUAGAGUGAAAGGGACCUUUGAGAUCAUCUACCAGUGCUUCUCACCCCUUAGCACGCAGGAGGGUCGCUCAGUUGUUACUUACUGUGUAGUUUUCUCAACCCCAGCCCCAGAGGUCUGGGACGACUAGUCAUCUGCAUUUUUAGCGAGGGCUGCAGUGAUUCUAAUGCUGAUGGUCCUCAGACCUCACCUUGAGAACCCCUGAUUUUAUCCAGUCCCACAUACAACAAAGGAGAAAAGCCCCAUCCCUAAACUCUCUCAGGUGACCUGAUUUGAAUGUCUAACACCAACAGUCUUCUGAAGGAUACUUUGAGAAAGCCAUUAUUACUAAGACUUGAGCAAAUGAUGCUUGUAAAUAAGAACUUUAUGACUGGGACCACCGCAGUUAUAGGAGCCCAUCUCUGGAAGUUCAUAAUAUAAAGCCUUUAAUACAGAGUGGUAGCUUUUCUCUUUUCUAAAUACAAUUUCAGCCUGUUAAGAGAAAAGAAAUUAAUGUUCAGAAAAAGUAGUUACUCCAUAUGGGCAGUAACUACUUUUCUAUAAUGUCUUAUGGCAUCAGGGGUUCAGCAUCAUUGAACAAGAUUAAAUGAAUGUUAUAGAGCUAUAAAAUUGCAUGUAAAAUAACGCAAAACCGUUCAAAUGACUAUCAAAGUAGACUAGGAAUGAAUUUCCACUAAAAUUAAUUGUCACUUUCUAAGCGUAGCUUAGGAAAGCUGUUACUAAACUGCAAGGAUUCUUUAAUACUAGAAGUGUCAAAAAAAAAAAUGAAUAAGUAUUCCCCAAACCAUGUCAAUGAUAAGAAAAGUCAUUGUGAAGUCAAUAAUUGUUUGUUCAUCAUUGCUACUGAAAUGUAGAGUCCCAUUGUAUAUGUGUGUGUUGAAUGUACCUUGUUAGAAUAUCCAAUAAAAUAGCCUUUGGAUAUUCUGUGCUCUUGUGUCCUUUAGCAAUCAUGAAGUUGAACGCAUCGGUGUUAAAUGUUUUUGUUUGGGUUGCUGCCUGAGAAAAGUUACCGACUCAUUUAGUGAAGUUCAAGAUUUCUUUAUGAAAAUUACAGCUUCAAAUAUUGAAGUCAGAGAGUUUUUCUUGAACUUUGAUUUUGGAACAAGUGUUUGGGGUUUAUUAAACUGUCGCCUUUGCAUUAU